AUGGGCCAAAACAAUGUCACGGAAUUUGUCCUCCUGGGAUUCACUCAGGAUCCUGCUGGGAGAAAGGCAUUAUUUGUUAUAUUUUUACUCAUUUACAUUGUGACAAUGGUGGGAAAUCUGCUCAUUGUGGGAACAGUGAUUGCCAGUCCCUCCUUGGACUCCCCAAUGUACUUCUUCCUUGCCUCUCUGUCUCUCAUGGAUGCCGUUUAUUCCACUGCCAUCACACCCAAGUUGAUUGUAGACUUGCUCCAUGUUAAAAAGACCAUCUCCUUCACAGCUUGCAUAAGCCAGCUCUUUGUAGAUCAUUUAUUUGGUGGUGUUGACAUUGUCAUUCUGGUGGCAAUGGCUUAUGAUCGGUAUGUGGCCAUCUGUAAACCCCUGCAUUAUCUGAUUAUCAUGAAUCGACGUGUGUGUAUACUUUUCUUAGUGCUGGCUUGGGUGGGAGGUUUUGCACAUGCUUUGUUUCAAGUUCUUGCUGUUUAUAAACUUCCUUUCUGUGGUCCCAAUAUCAUUGACCACUUUGGCUGUGACAUAUACCCAUUGUUGCUACUUGCAUGCACUGAUACCUACUUUAUUGGCCUCUCUAUCAUUGGCAAUAAUGGGGCCAUGUGUAUAGUGAUCUUCAUCCUCCUGCUAUUCUCCUAUGGAAUCAUCCUAAGAUAUCUUAAGAACCACAACCAGGAAGGGAGGCGUAAAGCUUUGUCCACCUGCAGCUCUCAUAUCACAGUGGUUUUCCUGUUUUUUGUUCCCUGUAUCUUCAUGUAUGUUAGACCAGUUUCUAGUUUUCCUGUUGAUAAAUCCAUUACUGUAUUUUAUACCAUUAUCACUCCCAUGUUGAAUCCCUUAAUAUAUACUUUGAGAAACUCAGAGAUGAAAAACUGUAUGGAAAAGCUUUUACAAAAACUAUUGAGUUACAAUAGAUUAAGACUUUCUUCUUGA